AUGAGCUCACCAGACUUCUACCACCAUGUUCGUGUUUCUCAAGCCUCUGCAAAGGCCCAGGACGUCCGCGUCCAACUAGCAGAGUAUAAGGCCCACAAGGCUCACGUGGAUGAGUACAAACUCGAUAUCCACCAUCAUCUUUUGGACUUGGACACCAAGACCAGACCCAACUUGCACCUUAUCCAGCAGCAGCCGGAGAUCAACCUACGCAUGCGUCCGCUCUUGCUUGACUUUUUGAUGGACGUGAUCAACAAGCUCAACUUGAGUAAGCUGACCUUCCCCUUGACCGUCAACAUCAUUGACAGAUACUGCUCCGUCCGUAUUGUCAAGAAACAGCACUACCAGCUUUUGGGCCUCACGGCGCUCUGGAUUGCCUGCAAAAACUUGGACUCCAAGUUCCGCAUCCCCAGUCUCAAUGACUUGUGCAAGUACUGCUGCCACUGCUACGACAAGAAGUUGUUUUUGGAGAUGGAAAACCACGUUUUGAAGCUGUUGGGCUGGCUUGUGGAUGCGCCCACUUUUGACGCUUUCGUCGACUUGUACAUCAAUGCCUUGGCCCUGUCUCCUUUCUUAGCCGGCUCUAAGAACCCCCACAAGGUCUGCAACGACGUGAAGGUCGUGGCCAUCUACAUCUGUGAACUCAUCCAGUUCUACCCCAACAUAUACUUCAACUACCUGCUGCCCAAGAUUGCCUUGAUGAGUGUCGUGCUUGCGUGUCUUAUCCUCAACACCAGUGCCGACUUCACCACCCAUGCUUUCUUGACCUACGUUGCCGUGGAGACCGAGGUGCCCAUUGUCAACCACUCCACCUACAAUGCCGCCUUUGGCUUGCUCAUCAAGGUGCUCAAGUGUCCUCCUCCUUCGCUCAAAACCAAGUACUUCAACGAGGACCUGCGCUUCCUCAACCUCAUGAAGCAGCUUGUGGCGUUCACCUGGAAGCACUUGGCGCCCAACUCGGUGUUUUCCCACACUGGUGCUGCCCCUACUUCGAGCGAUUGCGGUGCCAUUGAGCUUAAUACGCCUGUUUCCAGAGACGAGCCUUCGAGAUCUCCUACAGGCAGCUUUGGCGGCCUGGUGACCCCGAAAUUCUACCCGGCCACGCCCAUCUCGCUGAGCAUCAGCCCGAAAAACCAGGAGGGCGGCUUUUCCGAGCCUGUUCGUCCGGCCUUGACUCCCCAGGUUUCUGCACCCGUCACCUCGCACCCAGGCUACGUGAAGCCGUUUGGAUUGCACCAGUUGCUGCCCAGAACACAACGGACGUUGCCGCUGCCCAAUCUUCUGCCGGCCGAGCUGGACAGGAUGUUUGGCGGCAAGCGCAGCUACGAAAACGCCCAUGCGCCGGGCGUCAAGAGAUCCAAGAGCAUGAGCAAGGCUGUCUUUUACAUUCACUAG